UCUCAAUGGAGUCUGGCCUUAAAGAGAGCAGAGCUAACGGCUUUGGAAAUUACUGUCUUCUCCCCGUGUCAGCGUAGGUUUCCUCCAGGUGCUCCGACAUGUUCUCCCUGUGUCAGCGUGGGUUUCCUCCAGGUGCUCUGACAUGUUCUCCCUGUGUCAGCGUGGGUUUCCUCCAGGUGCUCUGACAUGUUCUCCCUGUGUCAGCGUGGGUUUCCUCCAGGUGCUCUGACAUGUUCUCCCUGUGUCAGCGUGGGUUUCCUCCAGGUGCUCUGACAUGUUCUCCCUGUGUCAGCGUGGGUUUCCUCCAGGUGCUCUGACAUGUUCUCCCUGUGUCAGCGUGGGUUUCCUCCAGGUGCUCCGACAUGUUCUCCCUGUGUCAGCGUGGGUUUCCUCCAGGUGCUCUGACAUGUUCUCCCUGUGUCAGCGUGGGUUUCCUCCAGGUGCUCUGACAUGUUCUCCCUGUGUCAGUGUGGGUUUCCUCCAGGUGCUCCCACAUGUUCUCCCUGUGUCAGCGUGGGUUUCCUCCAGGUGCUCUGACAUGUUCUCCCUGUGUCAGCGUGGGUUUCCUCCAGGUGCUCCCACAUGUUCUCCCUGUGUCAGCGUGGGUUUCCUCCAGGUGCUCCGACAUGUUCUCCCCGUGUCAGCGUGGGUUUACUCCAGGUGCUCUGACAUGUUCUCCCCGUGUCAGCGUGGGUUUCCUCCAGGUGCUCUGACAUGUUCUCCCCGUGUCAGCGUGGGUUUACUCCAGGUGCUCCCACAUGUUCUCCCCGUGUCAGCGUGGGUUUCCUCCAGGUGCUCUGACAUGUUCUCCCCGUGUCAGUGUGGGUUUCCUCCAGGUGCUCCGACAUGUUCUCCCUGUGUCAGCGUGGGUUUCCUCCAGGUGCUCUGACAUGUUCUCCCUGUGUCAGCGUGGGUUUCC